CUCGACUCGGUGAAGACGGUGCGAAUGGAAUAACUCACUGCGCUGUUUAUUCAUCCGGAAUGUCUUUCAAAUUUAAGUCCACACGUUUGCGAGGACCACCUGCACGACGUGUUCGUGCGUGUUUCUUUCGGUCCCUUCCCUUUUGCGGCCUUUUUUCCCUUCUUCUUUCCGCUCACACUGCGAAAGCGCGCGCGCCCUCCCGCCGGUUCCGCGCUCUUUGGCUCGCGCACCGAGGCGAGUGCUGCACGGAGCGCGCGCGCGUCCUUCCUUGCGCGCCAACGACGUGUAUGUGUACGGCUCCUCCACGCCACGGUUCCCGAAAUCCGAACUUAAGCUCUCAGAGCAGGUCCUCCAGAGGAUGCGGGACCCCAGCCCUGGAACCGACGUUAAACCGGCCCCUUCGGACGCUCGCGGAGAGGAUUCUGGGAAACCGCCCACCUCCACAAGUCAGGAGUAUCCCUCUUCAGCUCCAUCAGGGUCCCAGCCAGCAGAGGAGCUAAAGAAGAGGUUCGAGCGGGAGCAGGCCAUCGCACGGGAGGAGCUGGCCAAUGUGGCAAGACGGGAGAGGGAGGCUGCUCGCGAGGAGCUCAGCAUGGCGCUGCUGCGGGAGAGGAUUCAAAGCCGUGGGGAGGCAGAAAGAGCCCAGCGGCUGGCCAAGCAGCUGGAAAAGAAGGAGAGAGACCUGAAUGUUCUUGAUGCUUUCUACAAGGCGCAGCUGGCCCAACUGGAGAAGAAGGGCCUCGGUGACUUCAGAACAGCAAGCAGGCAGUUUCAGGAGGCAGCAGCCAGCAUGGAAGCUCGUCUACAGCCCCGCAGCACGGAGCCGGUGUGCAGCAGCCUGCAGGCACGUGUCCUCCACUGCUACCGCGAGAACCUGGGGCAGACCCUGCGCUGCUCCGACGUGGCUAAGGAGUACAUGCAGUGCAUCAAUAAGGUCACAAAGAACAUGCUGGUGAACCACGGCUGAAGAAGAUGGCCAGUCAGGGGCUCCCUGGGAGCGUUCGAACCUGCCUCGGCUGGAUCCGUACCUCAUCUGUGCCAGGAGGAGCACCUCACCGGCAGCAGCAUGUUUCCUUCACUGCUUCAUCUUGAUUUGUUUUGAAGUUGCGCUGCAACACAACCUUGGCAAAGGCUGAAAAGGGCUUUUGUUUAUAUUUCUUUUUUUUUUUUUCUUUUUGUCAUGAGUAACCUGAAUUUUAAUGAUGGACUCUGGGAGAUAUGUCCUGUGUCUCAGAUGGUCUCAUUAAACCAUGUCCUGGUGUGGACUCACUUUGAUGGAGGUUUGGUCUGUGUGCUGUUCAGUGCCAUCUAUAAAGGUGUGGUUUCACAUCAGUUGGGGGUCGAACCUCCACAAAGCAGCCGACUGAGAGUUUCCAGAACCAAAAGCUGUGAGCUCUUGCAGUGUUACAUGAGGUUUAUCCAGACCAGUACAUAACAUAUGGGUGUGCACUAUAUUUCUUAUGUCACCACCAAAAGGGUUCCUGUGUGUUCUCUGUUGCGCUUACAUCCCCUACAGAGACGACUGCAUGGUCACUUUCUCAGUGCUCUCUGAAGUCAGCCCUUCUCCUGGUGUGCCUCAGUGCAAACGCAACAUUGGAUUAACGUACAUUGUCACAGCAUACACAGAACAUACGUAGUUGCAUGCAAGACAUUUCCACAUACAUAAGCAGCAGCUCAGUCUCAGAGAUGGUUUAGAGAAAUACUUGUGGAACCAGCCCAUUGUGUCUUCCUCAGCAACACGGUAUGGUGUUACCAUGGCAAUGCCUCUGAUGAGCCAAAGGUGGAGUGGAACCUUGACAAUAACCCUUUCCUGUCCCAGCUGAAAGCAUCCUAUCUGGAGGGACAGGAAAGAGCUCCACUAAGGAGCUUUUCUACUCAGAUGGCCACAUCACUCCAGUUUCAGCUGUGCUCACCCAUUUGGGGCAAAUGGCAGCAACCCCUCACCUCCCCCCAGCUUAUCACUUGGUUGUGGAGCUCCAGUUAUUGGUUUCACACCCCUUGAUGGCCUCAGUGGUGUCCUUUGACCUCCCUUAGACUUCGCAGUUCCACAAGA